AUGUUAAUCCUCAGAGACUACGGUGGCAGCAGCAACAACAACGACACCAACAACGACAGAAGUAGCAGCGACGACGGAAAUAGAGACUUCAACAAAUACCUCGGACACGGCCCAGACGACUUCGGCAGCCUCCUCGAACGACAACACCUCGUCAGCCCAAACUGCCGGCGAUGGGGCCUCCUCGACAACGUCCAAUGGAUCGGCAGAGUCAGCAGGAGGGUCGACAGGCACGGCGGUCUCACCGUCGUCACAGACCACCGCAGUGGAUCUCACAGGCACAGGCACAGCAAGUGCAACUACGGCGACAGCCUUGGCUUCAGAGACUACGUCCAGCGGCAGUUCUUCGUCGGCGACAUCAUCUGCAUCUGCCUCCCUCUCUUCAAGCACCAGCGAUGCGACCAAGUCCAGCUCACACUCCAACGCUGGAGUCAUCGCUGGCGUUUUGCCGUGGCCCUGCUGGCCAUCAUCGGCUUCCUUGUCUACAGAUUCAGGAGGUCGCCUUUCAUGCAACGCGCCCUCGCUCCCUUCAGAAAGGGCAGUAGGGACAGCAGCAGCCAUAUCGGGCCUUAUUACCACAUGGAGAAGGACGACGGUACCGCGCCCAACAUGACAGGCGAGACGCUGAUUGGUACCAGCAAUAUGCGCGCCAUGGGACCGGUAGGAGCAGCAACCACGAGCGCAAAUCCCAACAACCUUACCGUCGAUACCAAUCAUCUCCAGGGCCGCUCGGUCUGGCCAGUCUCACCCAUCUCACCUCAGAGUCGCAGCGCAGCGUCGGACGUGUCUCCCGUCUCGCCUGAUCCGACGAUGUUUCCCCUUCAACAGCCAUCACCAAUCUCGAAUCCCGAGCCGGGAACGGCGAUCAGCGUCGCCGGCUCGGAGGCCCGUAUCGUCAGCAUACCAGCUCGGCAGUCAAGGGUCUUAGGCGACGGUGGUAGUGGUGUGGGUGGUGACGCUGUCCCAGCGGCAGAGUGGCGGCCACCACCCAUGCGAGGGCCUCCCUCUACCAGAGCGGCGGUAGUGCCUAGCAGUACGAGGGGUCCAAGCCGGCGGAACCCCGCGCGAAGGCCAUCUAGAUCAUCGGCUGGCGGCAGAGGAGGAGGAUCUUACCGGCAUCCUGCUCAGUGGACUGACGGGUCAGAAGACCUCAGGCCGCCCCCUCUGUCGAUCAACAAAUAUCCCACCAUGAUGGCUUCGCAUGCGCCGGUCGCCGAGCUGAACGGAGGUUAUAAGGCAUAUCGACCCAUGCUGGGAAGUGGAAAUGCGGCAGCCGCGCGCAGUUUGACGCAGAACAGAGUGAGCCAUGCAAGCACAGGCGCUUCCAGCAUCGCCAGCAGCGAUGCUUUCUCUCCAGAGGCGUGGCCUAUGCCGCCCGGCACGCCGAGGACGAGUCCUGGUCGCCACUAAAGUGGUGCAUAUUAAUGACGAACCAUGUCGAACGAAAGCUCCUGCUCAUUGCACAUGUACGUACAGGGGAGUGAGGGGGGAUAUUGCACGUGUAUCGCAUGAGAUGAUCAUACGUGCUGCAAAUAAAUGUACAAAGACGAGCCAACGCUCCCUACUGUAUGUAAAUUUACAUGUAUUACAUCAAU